AUGAGAUUUCGCACUCUUACGUUGGCUAUGGACGCCAUGGCGCGACAACUUGCCGGCUGCACUAAGAUGCCGUUAGGUUGCGCAACGAAAAUACUUGUAAUAGAUGAUUAUCGUGGGGAAUACAAGUCGUACUUUGUGCGGGACGUUCAGAAAAUUUCUACACAAGACAUAAGCGCGAAAAGUCUGUCGGCUACCUUGGGCGCCGUUGAUCCAGGUCUCGUGGAGAAGAUCAAGAACAGAAAGCUGAACAUCGAUCUAGAAAAUGGCACGCGUUGCGAGGCUCACGAGUACAAGGCCUUCUGGUGCAAGAAGAGAUGUUACGUUUGGGACACUACGGAAAACGCGUUCUCGAGGCUGGUGGGACUUGACAACGGUACGAUGUGCUCCGACCUCCACCUCGGGUGCAACAACGGCCUGUCCAAGGAGGAGCAAUUGCUUCGGCGCAUCGUGUACGGGAACAACGACAUCGUGGUACCGCUUCACAGCAUCGGCGUAUUGCUACUUCUCGAGGUUCUGAACCCGUUUUACAUUUUCCAAGUAUUUACUCUGGCCGUGUGGUUCGCCGAGGGCUACUUGUAUUACACCAUCGCCAUAGUGCUGAUGUCGCUGUUCGGCAUAACGACUUCCAUCAUACAAACGCGCAAGAAUCAGCGGAAUUUACGCGGUACCGUCGCCUCGUCGGAGCGCGUGCGUGUGCUCCGGGACACCGGCGUUUUCGAGAACAUUUGCAGCAAGGAACUGGUGCCCGGCGAUAUCAUGGAAUUGCCGAAACACCAGACGGUCCUCGUGUGCGACGCGGUUCUACUAACGGGACAGUGCGUACUGAACGAGUCCAUGCUGACGGGCGAAUCUGUGCCAGUGACGAAGACAUCGUUACCACUGCGUCACGUGCCGUACGACGUUAAAGAAUGCGCGCACCACACGCUGUACAGCGGCACCGCGAUAAUACAAACCAAGUUUCACGGGGACCGACCGGUUCUCGCGAGAGUAAUCAGGACUGGCUUCCUCACUAACAGGGGUGCUCUAAUCGCCGCUAUAUUGUACCCGCCUCCGGCAGAUUUCAAGUUCGACAAAGACUCGUACAAGUUUAUCGGCAUCCUCGCGUUCAUUGCAAUCUGCGGCGUUAUCUACACCGUGGCGACUAAGGUUUCGAGAGGAAUUGUGGGUGGCGAUGUAGCGAUAAAAGCGCUAGAUAUCAUCACGAUAGUGGUGCCGCCGGCGUUGCCAGCCGCGAUGACCGUCGGAAAGCUCUACGCCCAAGCAAGAUUAAAGCGCGCGCAGAUCUAUUGCAUUAAUAACAGAGUCAUCAAUGUUUCCGGCAGUAUCAAUUGCGUGUGUUUUGAUAAGACGGGAACGUUAACCGAGGACGGGUUGGACAUGUGGGGCGUCGUACCGUGCGCGAACGGCGAGUUCGAUGACGCGAAAACGGAUAUACCCGAGCUUAAGGAUCAUCCUCUUUUCGAAGGGAUGCUGGUUUGUCACAGUCUUACGCUUAUCGACGGAGAACUCUGCGGGGAUCCUUUGGACGCGAAGAUGUUCGAGAGCACUAGAUGGAUAUUACAAGAAUCCGACUGUUCGCACGUAAAUAAGCACGACACCGUGACGGCGACGGUGGUGAGGCCACCGGAGGGUGCAAACCUGACGGAAGAUACGAUCUCGGAGAUGAGCAUAGUACAGCAGUAUCAGUUCUCGAGCUCGUUGCAACGGAUGUCCGCGAUCACGCGCGCAUUAGGAUCAGAUCAUUUUAGGGUUUACACAAAAGGUUCGCCCGAGAUGAUAAUCGGCCUGAGCAAGCCGGCAACCGUGCCGCGCGAUAUCUCGCUGGUCUUGGAGCGAUACACGAAACAGGGUUACCGCGUGAUAGCCAUGGGCCGUCGAGCGACCAUCUCUGAUAACAGCGCGGAGGUGACGAAACUGCCUCGAGACGCGGUCGAGCGGGACCUGGAGUUCCUCGGACUGGUUAUCCUGGAAAACCGAGUGAAGCGACCGACGACGCCCGUGAUCGAGGAACUGAGGGAAGCCGAUAUACGCGUGUUGAUGAUUACAGGAGACAACAUUCAGACCGCGGUAAGCGUCGCGAGAGAAUGCGGAAUACUGUCGACGGAGGAGCAGGUUGUGGAUAUAGUCGUGGCUUCGAGGGGACAGAAAGAACGUCCGGAGAUAUUCUUCAAUGUUCAGUCCCGCUCUCCGAGAUUGAGUGCGCAAAAUCAAAUCUUCGCGACGCCAACGAUCGAGGACGUGGAAUGUGGCACGGCCGAUCGUAACUACAGGUUCGCCCUGACCGGUCAGACCUGGCAAACGCUGCGGGAGCACUAUCCCGAUCUCCUCGAGCGCAUUUGCAUACGGAGCGCGGUGUUCGCUAGGAUGAGCAGUGAUCAGAAGCAACAGCUGGUCGUGGAGCUUAUGCGGCUCGGUUAUUACGUCGCCAUGUGCGGAGACGGUGCUAACGAUUGCGGAGCGCUACGGGCCGCGCACGCUGGUAUAUCGCUCUCCGAGGCGGAAUCUAGCGUGGCCAGUCCCUUCACCUCGAGGGUAGCCGACAUAACUUGCGUGCCCAAAGUGAUACGGGAAGGCCGGGCCGCCCUGGUGACGUCGUUCGGCAUCUUCAAGUUCAUGGUCGCGUAUUCGCUCACGGAGUUCCUGUCCGUCAUAAUACUGUACUCCAUGGACUCGAAUCUGACCGACCUGGAGUUCCUGUUCAUCGACAUCUGCCUGAUCGUCAAUUUCGCAUUCUUCUUCGGCAAGACCCGCGCGUACAAGAAGAGGCUGUCCAAGACGACGCCGAUGACGAGUCUGCUGAGCUUCACGCCGCUCCUGUCCCUGACGAUGCUCAUGCUCGUAAUGACCGUUUUCCAGGCGGUCGCGUACCACGGCGUCCGGCAGUUCUCAUGGUUCAGGCCGUUCGAGCCUACCAGCCCCACCGGGUACACGUCCUACGAGAACUAUUCCGUCUACUGCGUCUCCAUGUUCCAGUACAUCACGAUGGCAGUGAUAUUCUCGCGCGGGAAGCCGUACAGACGCGCGAUCUACACGAACGGCGCGUUCAUGUUCUCUAUACUUCUGCUGACGGCUGUGUGCGUGUACAUCACGGUUUAUCCCGCGAACUGGGUACUGCGAUGGCUCGAGAUGGUUCUGCCGCCCUACGAGUGGAGGUUCGCGAUCUUGGCGCUCGCCCUGGUCAACUUCCUCAUUUGUUUCUUCAUCGAGAGCUUCGUAAUAGAGCGCGUGAUCGAGAACGUCCUAAAGAGAAAAUUGUACAAGCCGGAGAAAUCGAAGAAACGGUACCUGAGGAUAGAAUACGAGUUGAAGAAUUGCAGAAAUUGGCCGAAGUUUGGUAGACAGUUGCCGAUACUGUCUGUCCUGCAGAAGGAAAAUAAUAUCGCGAAUAACAGUUACUCGACCAGCGUUUUAACCGAGAGAGAGACGAAUGAUCUUAAUAUUUUGACGAAACUAUCAAGCGAAAAGCCCGAAAAGAACGGCAUUGAAAACCGCAACUUUAUAAACGACUAAGUGCAGCAAAUAUGUCUCCAUUCCGAAUUAGCUCUUCGAAUCUGUCGUUUCAGAUUCCGAAACGAGAUCCAGAAGUUGAUGCAGAAACGAGAAAAACAAAUUCGUAUGAGAGAGAAAUAUUAGUGAUUUAAA